AUGCAGUUCUCCGUCUCCAAGAUGGCCGCCGUGUUCCUCUUCGUCUCUUUCGCUUCCGCCAACCUUCAUCAGAGCUGCACAUGCCACAACGGCGACAGCUACAACUGGCGCAUCACCAUCAAGGCCUGCGAGCUCUACGCCUCCAAGAAGUACCAGUGGGGAUCAGCUUCCUACGAUACCCCCAGCGGACGCUGCGUGGGAAGCGGUCAAGGUGUUGCCGGCGACCAGUGGGAGGACGCCUGUCGCGAGAUCGCAAAGUCGGGCUUCGACUGCGCAGACGGCAGGGGCUAUUGCACGGCGGACCAGGAUUCCGUCCGCGGCUGGUGCUAA